AUGCCCAAAAGAUCGACUGGUUGUUUCGAAUGCAGAAAAAGAAAAGUCCGCUGCGAUGAAUCCAAGCCCGAAUGCAACACUUGCUUGAAGCGCGGGACAAAAUGCCCGGGCUACCGGCCGACGCAGGCUUUCAUCCUUCAUGAAUUCGACACCAAACGAGACAAGCCCGCACUGAUCAAGGAGGAUGAGAACCACUACAAGUUCGCCAUUCAGAGCUACUCUCGCUCAAAACAACAGGGAAAAUCGCAGAGUAACCCUGGAAUCCGGGUUGAAAGCGUGCAGUAUGAGCCUGAUAUUCCCAAGCAAGUAAGUCUGGUCGCUUCGGAACGCAUUCAACAUGUCAGCACCUUUGUCGCGUUGUAUCUUCCAAGAACUGAAGGCCAGGCAUUGCCAGGCCCAUCUGCACUGAUGCUUGGUUUACCCAAUCUGCCCGUCAACAGUCCUGUUCUCGAGGCUGCCAUUGAUGCGCUGGCUGCAGCUCAGUUGGCAGUAGACAAAAUGAAUUCCCCUCUUAUUCAUCGCUCCAGGUCACUCUACAGCACAGCACUGAGUCAGAUGCUGCAAGCUAUUCAGGACCAAGAGACAGCUCUCAAAGAUGAGACGCUUUUGUCUACAUAUCUGCUCUCGUUAUAUGAGGUGUUUGUUGGCGUAACACGGGGCCAUGGCUUCUUUUACCACACGCAAGGUCUAUUGCAUCUCGUGAAGCAGCGAGGACCGUCUUCCUUCGUAAGCAGAUUAAGCAUGCAAAUCUACCACGGAAUCCGAUACAACUCGUUAAGCAUCGGCAUCCUACUGCGGAAAGCCUCCAUGCUUGAUACCCCCGAAUGGAUGUCCGUAACCGCCAAAGCCGCCAAAGUCGAUCCCUACGUGGCCCUUAUGGACAUCUGUGUCAUGGUUCCGCGGCUUCUCGAACGCACCGACAAACUCUCGCGACCAGAUUGCACCCAAGAAGAAAUCGACAGCCUAAUCGACGACUCGCAAAAGGUUGCCAGCGAUGCCUUCGCCUGGAUCGCUGACUUUGAGCGUCAUGGACCCCGCUACAACAAGGUCGAGCUCGAGUCAAUGGAAGGCUUCAUGGAUAUCUGCGACGACCGCGUCUUCGACCCGGUCUUUGACUUUCACUACUUCGGCGCAGGAAUCUGCUACUUAAUCUACUGGUCCAGCAUGCUCAUCAUGCAGGGCAACACGUUCAAGCUCCUCCGCCAAUACCGCAAAUUGGAACCCAAGCAGCUCCUCAUGUGGAGUCGCCAACUCAACUCUUUUGCCGACUCUAUAUGCAGAGGCGUGCCGUAUAACUACCGCGUCAACACGGGCUAUGCGUCGAAGUUCGGGUCCUUGACUCCGCUCAUGGUUGCGAGAAAGUAUUACGAAAUGGUGGGCGAGAAGGCUGCCGUGGCGUGGUGUACGAAGGUAUAUAAGCGGGGAAAGGUGCCCGAGUUGUAUCAGGCAGAUGAGAAUCUGGACAAGUAUCCUCUAGAGGAUGUCAAGAAGACUAUCAAAGAUGAUCCGAGAUAUAUCUGAGAGCAAGGGAUGGUGAGAGUAACGACAACAUGGAGGUGAACUACAGGCGUGUUGGGUGCAAAAGAUAGUUUGAUCCUUGCUUUCCUGAGUGAAAGGUCAGCACAUGCCUCGGUCGGUACAGCGUUUAUCAUUCUAUCGGCAUCUAAACGAACCGCUGUGUGAUACACAUCACCAGAUUCCCGAGAGAAUAUCGAGAAUCUAUCAGCAUCCGAGAAACAGAGCCAAGACACUCUUCCAGCAGCAAGAACCAGUCUCUGGCUCUUCCUCGUCUGCUCGAGACGCACAAGCAAUCCGAAAGCGCACGCACGACGACUUCCCUGCGUACGGCAGCGAUACCGAUGAUGACUCAAGUCCCACUUGGACUUUACAACACGAACCUGGCUAGGGAAAUACAAGACUGAACGAUACAAAGGAGGGCGGAAAUCUGGGUUUUUAGAAGACCUUCAGGCGUAUUUGAGGAGAAAAACAACGUACAC